AUGUCAAAUAUUAAAACUGCCGUUGGUCGUUCUUUAGUAAAAAAACGUUUUCCUAAUCAACGUCGUGCUACAUCUGGAGAUGAAUGGGUACAUCAAAAAGCUGAUUUUACUGCCAGUACAGAUUGGAAUCGACUUAAUCUACGAUCAGUUACUGAUCAAAAUUCAUUAGAUGAAUUUUUAACUACAGCUCAAUUAGCUGGCACAGAUUUUGCAGCAGAACGUUUAAAUGUAACAUUUGUACCAGCUGUAGCUAAAGUUGGAAUUUUAUCUAAUGAUGAUAAAGAACGUAUUCGACAAGUACAAAAUCUACAUCAAGAUCGAUUACAUAUUCCACGAAGACCUGCAUGGACAUCGGAUAUGAGUGCAGAACAAAUCGAUCAACAAGAACGUGCUAGUUUUCUUGAAUGGAGACGAAAAUUAGCUUUGCUACAAGAAAUCGAUGAUUUAACAUUGACACCAUUUGAAAAAAAUCUUGAAUUUUGGCGACAAUUAUGGAGAGUUAUAGAAAAAAGUGAUGUUAUCGUUCAAAUAGUUGAUGCACGAAAUCCAUUACUUUUUCGUUGUGAAGAUCUUGAAAAUUAUGUUCGUGAAUUAUCACCUGAGAAUAAAAAGGUCAAUGUUAUUCUUGUUAAUAAAGCUGAUUUAUUAACAGAUGAGCAACGACAAGCAUGGGCAACUUAUUUUGAUAAAUAUGAUAUGCGUGUAAUAUUCUAUUCAGCAUUACAAUCAGCUCCAUCGACUAAAAAAACGAAUACAAAACUUUCAUCAGAAACAAAUGAUACUGAAUCUGUAGAUGACACAGAUAAAAUUCUGGAAGAUAUUAAACGACAUCAAUCAAGUCAUAAUGAUGAUAAUUUUGAAAUAUCAAAUUCAACAAAUCAAUUGAAUCGAUUUGAUGCUCUUCAAUUAGAAGAUGAUAAUGGCGAUAAACAACAAUCAGAAAUAAAUAUCAAUAAUGAAACAGAUAAUACUUCUAUUGAUAAUGAAAAUGAUCAGGAUGAUGACGAUGAUGAUGAUGAUGAUGAAGAAGACGAUGAAGAUUUAACUGAAGAUGAAAAUCUUGUUGAACAAAUACGUGAAGAUAUUUUUGCGUAUGAACAAUCAAAAGAAACAAAAAAAAACAAUUUAUCAAUUGUUGUUAAUCGAGAAGAAUUAAUAUAUUUACUUAAAUGUUUAUAUACUGAUAAAACAACUACACGAGAAAAUAUUCUUACCAUUGGAAUGGUUGGAUAUCCAAAUGUUGGUAAAAGUUCAACAAUUAACUCUUUAUUGCAAUACAAAAAAGUAUCUGUAUCAGCAACACCAGGCAAAACUAAGCAUUUUCAAUUCGAUCUAUUUCGGUCAUAUAUUGAAUAG